GUCGCUUAAUCGUCAUAUUAUAGAGUGUGAUUAUCAUUUUUCCAUGAUAUCAAUCAAUAAUUUGCAAUUAUGAGACAUUUUAUAAAUUUCAGUAUUGGGGUAGAAUGCAACGAAUAAAAAACAAAUUGUGUCAUAUUUGAAGUCACCAUACGUCUCAGACGUCUACUCAAGUCUCAAAAUCACUGGAUCUGGCAUACUUGGGAAUUGGGCGCAUAUAAUGAUUCUACAUGACGAAUGUACCGUUGAAGAAAUGAAGCAAUGUGUCGAAAGUGCAAAGCGAAAAGAAAAACUAGAACAAUCUGAAAGAAGUUUCGAUUCCAAGGCGCUCCUGUUGUCUGGAUCCAAUGUACUACGUAAGACUAUUGGCGAAUCGGGAAAAGGAAAUGUGGACGAAGGUUUUUCCAGUGAAAUAAGAAAUUCUUUGAUAAUCGGACAAAGAUGCGACAUUGCCAACAUAGCAAAGUUUAGAGAAAUAAUUCUUAAAAUUGCCAAACUGAACGAUGAAAUCUGCAAAGAUAUUGGAGACGAAAAACCAGUUCUAACACCAGAGGGCAACUCCUUUAUAUACGCUUUCCAUGGUUUGCUUCAACUAUCGAAGCGCUUGGCGAAUACACUUCAAAGAAAUCCUGAUAUAUUCGAAAACAAUCUGCAACGCCUAGCAAGCAUUCAAGUUGAGCAGGACAAAGCAUUAGAAAUCGCGAGAAGUCAGAUUGCAAUGGGAGCUGAUGUCAUAAAUCUGUUGUUUGAUCCGAUCAGCUACAACUCAAAAAAAGAAUUGCCAAUGCCAUCUGAGUGGAUGAAAUGGUUCAUUAAUUUGGCCGAGUCAGAUUAUGGAGAUAAAAAAUCGACCAUACCGGUCUGUUCUAUCCCCUUGUGCAUCAACUCCGGGAAGAUUGAAGUCAUAUUGGAAGGUCUAAAGUAUACACGUGGAAGAGCAAUUGCUAAUUAUCUUUCAUUUUACAAUGGCAAAGAGCAAUUUAUACAAGAUGCAAGGCUGAUCAAAAAACUUGGUCCUGGGGCAAUAAUAGCCUUUGCACAGGACUAUAAAGAGGCGCCGGCCAGAACUCCAGAGAAAAAGGCAAAUCUUUGCAUCGAAAUGUUUAAACUGCUCGUGGAAACCGUCGGAUUUCAUCCUAAUGAAGUGAUUUUGGAUCCCGUAGUGACUCGUACACCUAUCAACAGCCAACCUGGAGCCAAUGAAUUUGGAGAGACUUUUUUUGAAGCAAUUUCUUUGAUUCGCACCUGCUCAGAUCUUCGUGAUUACAACGUUCGUCUGAUAGGCGGAAUAACAGCAGUUUCGCAGUUUUACAGAGGAUAUAGUAAAACACGAAUUGAUUUGAACGGAUCUUUUCUGAAACACUGCUUAGAAGCUGGUAUGCAUCACGUGAUCAUGGAAGUGACAAAUAUUGCUCACGAGAUCAAGCAAAACCUCGUCGAAGAUCUCGUAACAAACAAAGAUCCAGAAGCUAAACAAAAGCUGAAAGCAUUCUGUUGUGCUGAAAAUUACGAAAAAGAGAAUCAGUAAGAACGUGUGACCAGUAUAUGUAUAUAAUAUAAACGUUAGAGACAAUUUGAAUCCUUAGAAUGUCAGUAUACAAUAGAAAGCGCGUUUAUUUGAUAGUAUAUUUUAAUGAUGUCUAUGCGUUAUUGUGAUAGUAGAAAUUAGAUGCUUUUCAGUACGAGCAUCUGCUUAUCCAUAGGGAAAUCCAAGAAUUACUUCUUUAAAUUGAGCUAAUGAAAUGAAUAAUUUUUGAUUGAACUGAAUUUAAUUGAAUUUUAAUUGUGACAGCCGGACGACAAUACGAGAAGUAAAUAUACAUCAAUUUUUCAAUACAUAUUAUGAUAAAUAUAAUUUUAGUAUUUUGUUACGUUUUUAGAAGCGUCAAACAGAAAGACUUCACUGGCCUUCGGGGUUGCAAAAUAUCGAGAAUCUUGGGCCGUGAAAAAUAUCGUCAAAAAUUGGUGCUUACAUUGUGGUUUACUGCAAUUCACAGUAUAAGUGAUAUAAAAAGUAUAUAAACGACUAUGCCUUAUUAACGAAGAAAACGAUCUCAGUACGUAUUAUCAGUUUCUACACAAAACCCAUUUAUUAAUGGCUUUAAUUACUAUCGGGACCCGUAGUGUAGUUUUGUACCUUUCCAGUAUUAUUUCCAGUUAUGUGAA